CACCUCCUCACGAAGCAGGAUGGGGCGUAUCAUCAGGGGUCAGCGCAAGGGUGCGGGGUCGAUUUUCACCUCGAACACCUCCAAGCGCAAGGGUGCCGCGAAGCAUCGCCAAUCGGAUUUCGCCGAGCGUCAUGGGUACAUUAAGGGUGUCGUCACCGACAUCAUCCACGACCCCGGACGCGGUGCCCCCCUCGCGAAGGUGACCUUCCGUCACACCAAGAGGUUCCAGCACCAGAAGGAGCUCUUCGUCGCCGCCGAGGGCACGUACACGGGCCAGUUUCUGUACUGCGGGAAAAAGGCGCAGCUGGUCGUCGGGAACAUCCUCCCGAUCGGUCAGAUGCCGGAGGGUACCGUGAUUUGCAACGUCGAGGCGAAGCUCGGCGACCGCGGCGUCCUCGCGAAGGCGUCCGGCGAGUACUGCAUCCUCAUCUCGCACAACCCGGACACGGGGUUCUCCCGGAUCAAGCUCCCGAGCGGGUCGAAGAAGACGAUCCCGUCCGGGUGCCGCGCGACGGUCGGUCAGAUCGCGGGCGGCGGGAGGUGCGACAAGCCCAUGCUCAAGGCUGGCGCCAACUACCACAAGUUCAAGGUGAAGCGCGGUGCCACCUGGCCGAAGGUGCGUGGUGUGGCGAUGAACCCGGUUGAGCACCCUCACGGUGGUGGUAACCACCAGCACAUCGGGCACGCGUCCACGGUGCGCCGCAACCGCCCGCCCGGCGCGAAGGCUGGUCUCAUCGCCGCCCGCCGCACCGGUCGUCUCCGGGGCCAGAAGGGUAUCCAGGCUGCGAAGGCGAAGGAGGGCAACUAAUUGGAGUGAUUGGUGUAGAGUGGUGGAGGGUGCGAUUUCGUCUCUUUGCAAUUGGAGGAGAGAAUCAGAUAUAA